AUGAGACUCACUUGUUUAAAAAGAUAUAUGCCCGCAAAAAGAUACAUAAAAGGCGAACAACUUGAAAAGUCGAUUUGGGAGCAUACGCACGGAGAAAUUCACGGGAAGGAUCACAGUUUUGCAGGAAUCAGACCUGUUCCGACUCCGAGACUCGCUCCGCAUCUGGACCCAUUUGGGGCGGUGGAAAAUGUCCCGCGAGAAAUAGAAGAUAUGUCGGAUUAUUUCAACUGGCGAAAGGACAGUAUGAAAGGUCUGGAAGAUAAUCCUGUUCGUGACUUCCAGACAGAUAUGAAAUACUUUGCUCGACGUUAUGUUAUUUCCAUACACAGAAAGACAUGCAAGGGACCAACUCAGCACGAGCGUGGCGGGAAAAGAGACAUUUUCGAUAUUAUUCUCCAUGAUCGCAGAGUGGGUCACCCUGCAGAUGAAAUCUUCUCCGGGCGAAAAUGGGAUGUAGAGCUUCUUGGCCAGCUCGACAUGCAGCCUAACUUUUGGAAUGAAAAAGUCGUGAAUCUCGAUGUUAAUAAAAUUCUCUAUUACAUCGGUCUUGGUGUUACUCUUCAGCAAGAUGUUGCUGAACUUCUUGGAACUCUAGGAGUGCUCCCCGUUCAUCCUGCUGCCAGGAUACGACUUUCAAAGCUUCAUGAAACGAGGAAGAAUAUGGUUGAAGAUAGUGGAGCUGUCGGUGAAUACGGAGGAUACUUGAAAUAUUGCACAACUGAGAAUCAAGCAGCAAGAGAGCAUUUAACACUAGAAGAGUACGAAGAAAAAAUCUUAGAAGAGCGAAAACAAAUGAUCGAAAGAAGAGUUUUGAAGCGUGAAAAGGGCGCUGACUCUAGUGCCGAUUCUCACUCUUCAGUAGAUAAUGAUUAUGACGAUGAUGAUGAAGAUGUUUUCUGA